AUGAGAAUCGUGACCAUUCUGCUCUACGCCUUGGCGUGGUUCUUCCACCUUGGAAAUGCCUCCAAGCUGGCUACUCCAGCCGAAAUGCUAGCCAUGUACAACGCUUAUGCCUUGGACUUUGCAAAAAAUGGAGCACAGCGAACGAUAGGACCGGCUCUGAGCGGAACUGAGAUGGCAAAUUUUGGAACCUUUGCGUCCCGUGUCUACGUCAAUGUGAGAUUUCCUAAGAAGGGGAUCUUCCUGAGCAGCGAUCCGAAAUUCAACAGAGCCAAUGUCGACGAGAUCACAAAAUAUCUUCCCAGGCGGCCAAAGUACUCGGUUGAGCAACUACUGGGAAAAGAACUUACGAAGAUGAAAAUGGCACAUUAUCAAGUACUUGCCCUGGUCAACGAUGUUGUCUACAGGGCUUCAAGUUCCUCAACGUCUUCGAUCACAGAGAAGCUGGGUGUUUAUCUCCCCGAGUACAAGUACGCGUCAGCCGGCAUUAUUGGAGCUCGACAGCAAGAGAUAUUUUCCCAAGGUUUACAAAAGCUCUUUCAAAACGAGUUUUCGAAAGCAAAAUUGGAGUCAGAGAAGAUCAAGGUCCCGGGAACAGAUCUUGAGUACGACUACGUGAGUUGGAAGAAGACUCUGGCUUCAAGUGGUGUUCCUCAGGCAGAUGUUGUUCGCUGGUACAGCAAAGAUGUUUGGGAAAAAACGACAGAUAAUGAUGUGAGACUUCUGCGCGAUCAUCGAGUAGUCACUGCUGCAAUCACCUGGAAUUUGGGCUCGUUGGACUCGGUCGGUUCUUGCACGGCUUUUACCAAGAACUUUUUGCCGUGGUACAAGUCCGGAACGUCUCAGUGGUGCCCGAGGGUGUUCGGCUGUUGA